AGCCUUGUCCCCUGCCCAGCGCUCCCUCUCACCGCCCCCCCCAUCCCCUCACCGCACACAGCGCAUGCGCCAUCUCCAUGUGCAGCGCCUGGAACAGCGGCGAGUCAGCCAUAGCCGCAGUCGCGACUUCCGGGAUUGGACACCAUGUGACUGAUCAGGUGACCUGCCUGCUGCGGGAUCAGGUGACCUGGACUCGGUCCCUGCCGUUCCUGUUCCGCCUCCGCGACCGCGGGUGGCUGACGCCCAAGGAUGGCAGCGCCCCAGUACAAAGCAGUGGUGCAAGGGGAAGCAUCUGAGACCGAUUCCGAUGAAGAAGUUUAUCUGUCGUCCGUUCCCCAGGCCUCCUUUCCCAGCCUCUCUGGUGUGAAAGUCCUCGGGGAAGCGUCUGAGACAGAUGACGAAGACGAAGGGAGCCCAAGUGGGCACAAAGUCAGGUCUAAGCUAGUCGACCUGGACCUGCCUCCCCUGAUUGUCAUCAGGAAGGAGGAGCCAAGGUCUCCCGUGGGAGUAGAAGAGAAGCCCGCCCUUCGUAUCCAGCACCAGGGGCGCUAUAGCACCUUGCUGCAACAGAAGCUGAUUGAGAGCAAUGCCCGCUUGUGCUACGACGUCAGCAGCACCAUCAAGCAGGUGUAUCAAAUGGCCACCAAGGAACUCGGCACCAUCACUGCACAGCUCAGCAACUCGCAGAGCGGCAUCAUCAAUGCCUCGCACAAUAUCCGCCUCGUUCUGGAUGACUUGCAAGCUGUGGCUGACAAGAUGGACAUCGUCACCAGCUGCAACCUGCUGCCUGAUAUCCAGAUGGAGCUGCCUCCUGCAUAACCUACCCCUUCUCUUGGAACUAGGGGAUCUGAGCUACCCCGCUCCGUUGGCAGCUUGGAGUGCUGGGUUGGUUGGUUACUGAUGGGUACUGGCUUGUCACAAGGAGGGGAUGUGGAGGAAUAUCAAAUGGAGCUGCUUUAGCCCUGAAGGGUCUUUGUAGUUUUGAUGAUGACAAUACUGCCCAGCUAGUCCCAAGCGAAUUAAUGACCAAGAUCUCAGGGAACACCACUCCCAGCAUGCACAAAGGUCUCAUGCAACUGCUGCUUAAUAGAACUGCUGUUAACAUUAUCAUGUGGCUGGAGCUAAUCCCAAGAAAUAAGUGCAGUGAGUGCGCUGUCAGGCCUGUGCUUUAGGGUAACACUUUCGGAGUAGUAUGCCCAGCACGUGUCUGAAGGCCAAGGACAGUGCCUGUCCCGUAGCUGAUGUAAGUAAACAGCUCCAAGCAUG